AGCAUUUGUUAAUUAUUACAAACCGAGAGAGUGCACAUUAGUUCGAAACACAAGGCUUAUCUUAGUACAAGAUAAAAUAUUAUAGGAAAUAGACAAGGUGCUCAGUUGGAAAUCCAAAACUGCACAAAAUGUUUUUGGACAUUUCUGGUGAAUUAUAAAGGUGAAGCCAUGGAGAGUUAUUCAAAGUAUGUGGUUAUAUGCCAACACGAGGAGUUAUUUGCAUGGAAAAAACAAGAGUCUCCACCAGGAAUUUUCUCAAGGUUUUUAAACAAUGUUCUUCAAUAAAAAAGUCUUGAAUCCUGCGAUCUCUGCAUAAUAUUCAAGAACAUCUAUCAUCAAAUGCCUAUAAUAUACUGAUUCAAAGAAAGAGCUUGCCAAAUGGAUAGAUACUACCAAUGGACUGGAUUGAUCUUGAGUCUUUUAACCAUUUUGUCAGAUCCAGGGUUUGGUGCCUCCAUUAUAGAAGGCCCCCAAAACCAAACAGUUCUUGCUGGCUCAGAGGCCCGAUUUAAUUGUACUGUGUCAGAAAGAUGGAAAGUUUUGAUAUGGCUUUUUGAUGGAAAUCCUCAAUUGACUCUAAUAUGGAAUGGAACAUCUUUUGAUUCACCACGAUUCAGUCAGCAAGGUCAUACAAGUGGUACCACCUUUACCUCAGAGUUAACGAUUGCUGAUGUCAAACUAACUGAUUCUGGACAAAUAAAAUGCAGCAUCCAGAAUGACCAGGACAAUAAAUAUGCAUAUCUUUCUGUACAAGUUAAUGGAUCCCUGAGUAUCAAAGAUAACGACUUCACUGUAAAAGAGAACCAAACAAUUGAAAUAGUUUGUGAAGCUCUUGGAUGGGCUCCAGCCCCACAUAUAUUCUGGAUGGAAAAUGAUAUAUCAUUAAGUAAUUCAAAGUACAUUACCAGCCAGAGCCCAGGAUCAAAUGGCUUGUACAAUGGAGAGAGCACCCUAAGGCUGACACCAAUGACCAGUGUCAAUGUGACUUGCUUAGCUGCCAUAGUUGCGCUCUCCAGACCGCAGAUUGCAACUGUUGCUGUCACUGUGUAUCAACCUGAAAAAUCUGGUAAUGAUUAUGCUCGAAUCCGAACGAUAAUUUUAGCAGUUGUGUUGCCAAUUGUGGCUUUACUGCUUGUGAUCCUCAUUAUUCUGCUUAUUGUAUGCUGCAAAAGAAAAAAAGAGUCAGACUAUCAAAAGGAGAUAAAGAAGAAUACUGCUGAAACUCAAACAACUAAUAGAAAUUUGGGGACAAUUACACAUAGUGGAAAUGAAAAUUAUGGCUACGAUCCAGAAGAAACAAUGUAUGAUACUGUACAAAUGAGAGGAAUUGUCCCUGUUAGUCCUAGAAAUUAUGGCUUGAAUCAAGAUGCAAAUCCAAGGCCUCCAUCAGAGGUCAUCUACAAUAGACAUUAUGGUGAAGCAUUUCCUUCGAGACCUACUGCUUAUCCAGUCAAUCCCAGGAAAAUAAGGAAUGUCACACAUGUAUAAGACAAUAUUAUCGAUAGUUGUGGUUGGGUGUCACAUCUUCCAGACAAUCAACCUGAAAAUUCAGUACAAAACAAUGCAUUUUUCAGCAGUGUAUCUGAGAACCAGCAAUUACAUCUUGUUGAGAAACUUUCAGAAGUCUAAAAUACUUUCUUUUGGGGGGAAAUGUAACUUAAAUAGUGGGCAUGAUGAAGAAUUAUGUGGAAAAUAAAUGCUUAUGUGUUAUCUUUAAUGGGCUGGUUGGUCUAAUAGAAGAUUUCACUCAAUUUUUCAUAUUCAUUCCAAAAUCAUUCAUUUACUUGUUCACUUAUACUGGUAUGUAAGACUAGAGAUUGAGAUAUAUAUGUGCUUAUAAUAUAAGCAAUAUAAAAAGUAAUAUUUAUUACAUAUAUUUUUUUUCUCUGGUUUGCUUAGAAUGGAUACUACUGACACUGCAAGUAGAAUAAAGUAAGCACAUCUAGGGAUGAUCAAAGCAGGUACAUAUUGGAGUGGUUAACAGCUAUUAAGGCAUUAUGAAAUCAUCUUUUUUUAGUAAAGCUGAUGUGAAUAUAUGAGGAUUUAAAAAUAUAUUCACCAUUUUUAACCUUUGUUAUACAAAUCUAUAACACUUGUCAUCUUAAAUGCUUAUUAUGAUUAUCUCAGAUCUAGCUAGCAAUGUUUCAACAAUUCAACAAUACAAUAAUACCACAAACUAUUGCUCUGAA